AUUACGAUUAACGCGAGAUUUCGACACGGUGUAAAAAUAAUAUGGCAGACAUGGGAAACCGAUGGGAAGAUUUGCGGAAACUGGCAAGGCAACUUGAAAAUGAGAUCGAUUUAAAGUUAGUCUCCUUCAGUAAGCUGGGAACAAGUUAUUCCUCACAUACAGACUAUGGAAGUGAGUCAUCUCCCCUGAUGCAGAGAUCAAGCAGUGAACACAUGUUUGACACCAUGGCAAUGGAGAUUGAACAGCUACUGUCUAAGCUUCAGGAGACCAACGACAGAAUGGCAGACUACACACAGAAUAUCGGAACCAACUCACCCAGCGCUGCGCUCCUUCACACAUUACAGAGACACAGAGACAUCCUCCAGGAUUACUCGCACGAAUUCCAAAAAACCAAGUCAAAUAUCACAGCUCUCCGGGAGAGGGAGGACCUUCUGGGAUCAGUGCACAGAGAUAUCAAUGCAUACAAGAAUUCUUCAGGUCUGAAUAGAAGAACAGAUCUUUAUUUGAAGGAGAAUGAACACAUAAGAAACUCUGACCGGCUCAUUGAUGAUCAGAUCAGUGUUGCAAUAGCAACUAAAGAAAAUUUACAAUCUCAGAAGAAAAUGUUAGGUGGGAUCCAACAAAGGAUGAACUCAUUAGCCAAUCGUUUUCCCAUUAUCAACAGCCUUAUUCAGAAAGUCAACUUACGGAAGAGAAGGGACACCAUUAUCCUGGCCAGCGUCAUAGCAACAUGUACCAUCUUGUUAAUGUUGUAUGCCUUCCACUGAAUGUCCCCUGUGAUACUGUGUGAGAAUGUGCGAGCGAGUGAGAGAAAGGGAGACAACUGAGUCAUUGUUUACAUGUUAUUUCUCAGUCUGUGAUGGAUUAUUAACAUUCAAUAAAACUUUUAUCAAUCGGAUCCGUAAUGGGUUCCAUAAAAAUGGCUGCAAUGCGAAAAGAAAUUGGCACUUUUUUUUAUGCAGGAUGUACAUUUGUUUUGACAGGACACUUUGUGAUGUGCUACCUUGUUGAUAGACAUGUACAGAUAUUACAGCUCUUCCUUGUAAAACAAGAGAUCUGUAAGUCAAUUCAUCAUUAAUUUUAUCCCUUCACUACAAAGUUGCAGGGUAGACAUGAAAGGAUGUGUAGAUUUGUGAAUCCAGAACAAUGUUGUGGUUGGUACUGCAUGAUGUGACUAGAUUUCCAUCUCAUACAUGUACUUGCAAUAACAUCUUCAUUAUUCUCUUGCACUAGGAAGAUCAAAUUGUGACUGUUGAAAGUUUUGGUUGACUAAUGCAGCCCAUUAUUCCAGUUUGAAUACUUCACAGUUUUUAAGGAGAAUGAAAAUUCUGUGAUGUCAAAUUUCAAACCUAGGACUAUUUCAACAUGAAAAUGACAGAAGUUUAAGGGAAAUUCAAACAGAUCCACAAAAGUGGCUUUGAAGCAUCUCAUCCUUUCAGCUGUUGUGAAUUGUCUGGAAGCAAUAUCAGCAUUGAAUCCUGUAGUAAUACAGCUUUUUUGGUGUAACAAUUUCCUUUCUAUAAAAGUAAGAAGCACUGCUCAUGUUUUUUUGUUAAGUUUAAAUUUCCAUUUAUUUUGGGAUUUAUGAUGAUUAUAUUUUAAAAUUCAAUGUACUAUUUUUUCUCUCUGUUUACAUGCAAAUGUUUUCUGUAUAGCUGCAUAUAUACAUGCCCAGACUGUGCAUUCUUUUACCUGUGGUAUUUACAUGUACAGUAUAUAUGCUCUUAUUUUCAAUAAAAUUCUUUUUGUUUUUGUUCUGACAACAGUUUGUGACCAUUCUAAUGUGUUACUAUUGACUACUGAUAAAACAUUCCUUGUAGACUUUAUACAUGUAUAUACUAUAUCUCGGACAUUUUGAAACUGGUGUAGUGGACAGUACUUGGUGUUCAGUAAUUUAACUAGUUACUAAUAAUACUAGGUAUGCAAACUUGUUUGGUGAAUUAUUUCCUAUAUCUUGAAAUGUUGAUGAAAUGGACAAUUUAAUCCAUUGCUAUAUUAAAAUGACAGGAAUCGUGUUCAUCUGACAAAACCAUUGCUUUGUGUUUUCGAGUAUUCAGCUGUGGAGCAUGAUGGGUCAUACAGUGGCGGAUCCAGGAUUUGUUGGGGGGGGGGGAUAAAUAGGCUGGGGGGUUCCAGGCUUUUGAGGCUUAUUAGGGUACUUUUAUGGAUUAUUCUAGCUAUACUUUAUACAUAAUGAAAUCAAUAACAAAUAAUUGAUUUGUUUGUAUGUAUAAUGUCAAAUCUUAUACCUUUUGCUGUAACAGUUCUACAAUUUUUUUUCUAAUUUGGGUUACAAAAAAGGGUGGGUAGGGGUGUGUGGUCGUCUCCCCUCAAUAUCCGCCACUGACUGUUAAAAGUAGUAAUUAUGGGUAUAUACAUGUAUUAUGUUACAGUAGUUUGUUGUGUGAACUUAAUUGUGUAAAGUGAAAGUAUAUUGUACAUCUAUUUAUUUGUUAUAUUUUAUGCAGAAAAGAAUUGUGUGAAAGUGUUUCCAUGGUUACAUAGUCAUGAAAUAAAUAAAUAUGUCUGCA